AUGGGAGCAGCCAGGGACGGGGGUGUGUCCCAUCCUGCUCCCCCAUCCUGUCUCAUCUCCCCCCCAGCUGAGGCUGAGGACAUCAAGCUCUGUCCGCGCUGCAGCGCCUUCAUCAUGAAGAUCAACGACGGGAGCUGCAACCGCAUGAACUGCACGGUCUGCGGGUGCCUCUUCUGCUGGCUCUGCCUGCGGGAGAUCUCCGACGUGCACUUCCUGAGCCCCUCUGGCUGUACUUUCUGGGGGAAGAGGCGGUGGUCGCGGACCCGGAGGAUCCUGUGGCAGCUGGGCAUGGUGCUGGGUGCACCCAUGGUCAUCUCCCUCGUCGCGGGCGUUGCUGUCCCUGUCAUUACCAUUGGGAUCCCCAUCUACAUGGGUAGGAAGGUGCUGGGCCAGAGCCGACGGAGCAGCCUGUCAGGGUGCCAGCAGUGCCUCUCUGUCACCAGCAGCGUCCUUCUCUCUCUCUUUGUGUCCCCCAUCAUAACAGCCAUCACCGUGGGUGUUGGUGUGCCCCUGAUGCUCACCUACGUGUACGGGACCGUGGUGCUGUCGCUGUGCCGGAGCCGCUGGGGCUGUGGGGGUGGCCGCACACCUGGAGACAUUGGUGUGGUAGAGCUGGAGAACCUGGCCAAGCUGAAUGAGCUGUGGUCGGUGCUGCCCAGCCCAAACCCCAGCCCCAGGCCAGGUGAGGACGGAGCCCCAGACCCCACGGCCUCCCUCCCCAGCAGCAGCCGCAGCCAGCGCCCUGGGCUGGCAUGGGACAGCCAGUCGGCCAGCACGGUGGCACUGGCAGGGAGCAUGCUGAGCGAGGGCCAGGACACCUCCGACAGGGAAGGCGUCACCAUCGAGGUGGAGGUGUCGGUCGAAGCGGUGCCGCGUCCUGCCCGGCAGCAGAGCCUGAGCAGCGCCCUGUCUGGGCAGAGUCUCUCUGGGGACUCCCUGGGAGCCACCAGUGACAGGGGUAGUUCUGUGGGUGUCCCCGUGGAGUGAGAGGGCUGAGGGGAAGAGCCUUGGUCCACACACAAGCCCGAUGCACUCCUGUGGCAGAGCCAGUCCCCCUCUGUGGGCACUCCCAGCCCCAAGAGCUGGGUCCUGGGUGGAUGUGGACCACAUCCUGCACUGCUGCGCCAGCCCCAACCGCCCCCUCCCCAGAGGCACCACUGGGAAAUAAAGCUGCUUUCCGAGUUCAUCUGUCUCCUGUGGCACAGUGGGUUUGCCAAGUCUGUGGCUCUUUCUGCUGCACAGGGAGAGCCCACCUUUCCAUCAGUGUUUUACAGCCCAGGGACUUCACUCCUGCAGGAGCAGCCAC